GUACCAGUGUGGUAUUCACUGGAUGCACAAAAAAAUUCUCGAUCCGACGAAUAUAAAUACAUUAACAGUUCGCACAAAAUGGGAAUUCCUCAUCGUUGCCGAGAAAAUGGUACUUCUAUUUUUCGUAGCUAUUUUAAGAUUUAGAAUGCCAUGCUUUUCCUCAAAGCUGCGCACGAAAGGGUUUCCCCCGACGCAGGUGCAACUCUACGCCAGCUGUUCCUAACUUUUUAAAAAUCGAGUGCUUCCUCGUUAGAGCGGUAGGAAGUGCACUUUUUCGGUUACUAAGUUAAUGUAUAUAUGUAUGCACAAAUGUAUAGAUGCAUAUAUGUAUAGAUGUAUGUACGUAUGUAUAGAUGCACAAACAUUUUGACGCUUGGGUGAUUCGCAAGUGGAGGUACUCUACCGCAUACCUCAUACCGCGUUUCUGGGCCACGAUUAACGGCGUAGCACCUGUGCAGCGUAUGGCAGUGUUGGCUUGGCGCCUAGUGCUCAUUAUGUAGCAUCUAGAUGUACGCGCGCGCGAGAGUUGGCACAUUCCUGCGUGCAUACAUAUGUGGGUAGGUAGAUACAUACAUGCAUAGGUAUGCCGCCUUCCCCGCGCAUCUAUCCCGUUGACCAUGAACGGUGCGAAGUAACGAUGGGCAGAAUGUAAGAGGGACUCGGCUAACAAAAAAAAAAAAACAGCUCUGAAGAGUAGCAACUGUGUACUUGGCACAAUUCUGUGCACCAAUAUUUACGACCCGGAGAGAGAAAAGGAGAGUCUUCCUCCGUUCAUUGGCAUUAUGGGGAACACCCUGAAUCGGUUUAUUUUUAAUAACCCCGUCGAGGGGUGCUACGAAAAAUUCCGCUUGGACUUUAUUUUUGUUGAGACGGAGAGCGGGGAUAGAAUUGCGGCCCACUUCAUCAACAGGAAAGCCCCACUAACCAUUCUGUUCAGCCAUGGCAAUGGUGAGAACAUCUACAUGUUAUAUGAUUACUUUUGCGAGACGUCCAAAAUAUGGAAUGUGAACGUGUUCUUGUAUGAUUACCCCGGAUACGGAGAGAGCACCGGAACGCCCAACGAAAAGAGUAUGUACCAAAGUGGAAGAGCGGUGUAUGACUACAUGGUGAACGUCUUAAACAUAAAGCCAGAGAGCAUUGUGCUGUACGGGAAGUCCAUAGGUUCGUGCGCUGCGAUCGACAUAGCCAUCACGAGGAAGGUAAAAGGUAUAAUUCUGCAGAGCGCCCUAAUGUCCCUCCUGAACAUUUGCUUUAAAACGCGGUUUAUCCUCCCGUUCGAUUCUUUCUGCAACAUAAAGAAGAUCGGCAUGGUUCCCUGCUUCGCCUUUUUCAUCCAUGGCACUGACGACAAGAUAGUCCCCUUUUAUCACGGACUGAGCCUCUAUGAAAAGUGCAAACUGAAGGUGCAUCCCUACUGGGUUGUCGGCGGCAAGCACAAUGACAUCGAGUUGAUUGAGAACAAGAAGUUCAACGAUAGCAUCAAAUCUUUUUUGAAGUUUCUGCGUAAUGUGUAGCCGUCCCUGAGCGUGUCCCCUUAGUUUUGCCUCGCCUUUUGCUGCACUUCAUAUCUGCUCGAAAGCGCAGCUUCGUCGCGGCGCCCAUAUAAUUCCCACGGACGCGCGAUUUAGUCACAACAUGGGGGUCCCCUUUCCCAUUUAUCAACUUUACAUGUGCAAGUGUUCAUAUGAACUGGGGACCCCCCGCGGACGUUCGUUACAAAACCCAACUAGCACACCUGGUGUGCAAAUGAAAAAUAAAAUAAAGGCGCACAUCGUUUCGUGUCAUGGAUGAACAUUAAAAUGUAGGUACCCACCUACGUCGUACGAUGAAGGUGCGGUUUUCACGUUUGAAAUGUAUGCCGGAGGGGGAGGGACUCCCACAUGGCUGUCCCCCGUUUGCCAUCCUCCGUUUGCCGUCCUCCGUUUGCCGCUGCCGCUGCUCGUUCCGCAUUUUUUACAUUAACAACAAACCUUGGUAUGUGGAAGGGCAUGUUGCAGGGGAGGUACACAAAAAAAAAAAAAAAAAAAAAUUCGACAAGGCAAAAAGGUCACUUUUGCCCUUCCUAAAUAACGUGCGCAGAAAAAGUUAAGCGACGUUUUGCUGUGGGAUGGUCCUACGCAAGGAGAGAGGAACUGCCGUUGGCCUUUAUCGGAAGGCAGUCACAAUUCGUCACCUGGUGUUUCAGCUG